AUGGAUGUGGAUGUAUUAAGGGGUACAACUAGAGCUGCUGCUGCAAGUGGUAGUAUCGACUGUUUAAAGUAUGUCCACGAAAAGAAAAGUAAUUGGGAUGAGGGUACAACUAGAGCUGCUGCAAAUGGACAUUUAGACUGCCUAAAAUAUGCCCAUGAACAUGGGUGUAAAUGGGAUGAAGGUACGACAAGAGAGGCUGCUGCAAAUGGACAUUUAGACUGCCUAAAGUAUGCCCAUAAAAAUGGAUGUAAUUNUACAACUAGAGCUGCUGCAAAUGGACAUUUAGACUGCCUAAAAUAUGCCCAUGAACAUGGGUGUAAAUGGGAUGAAGGUACGACAAGAGAGGCUGCUGCAAAUGGACAUUUAGACUGCCUAAAAUAUGCCCAUAAAAAUGGAUGUAAUUGGGAUGAAGGUACGAUGAGAGAGGCUGCUGAAAAUGGACAUUUAGACUGCCUAAAAUAUGCCUAUAAAAAUGGUUGUGUAAGCGACGUAGACAUAACAAGAAUUGCUGAUUUAAAUAAACCAGUCAGUUACUUUCAUUACAAUUAUGGAGAAAUUGAAUUUAAUAAUAAUUUUGCACAACCAUUAGAUAAAUAUAUUGUUUUUAAAAGUACUCAAAAUGUUUACCCUGAUAUAAUCAAAUAUUGUACUAAAUAUAGAUAUUAG